AUGAUGGAAAGUGGACGCCGCAGUACAGGCGUCUCUGCGACAAACCUGCACGUUUUGGACCGUCCUCUAAGUCGUGGGAAGAGUGAGGUAAGUCUAAGUGCCUUUUCCUUCCUAUUCUCCGAAAUGGUGCAAUAUUUCCAGGGUCGCGUGCAGAACAUUUCGGAUCUUGAGAACCGACUUGAUGGUGCUGGAUUUGGUGUCGGUGUUCGUGUGGUAGAACUUUUGUGUCACCGUGAAAAGUCCGGAAGGCGUGAAACUCGGUUGCUGUCCAUGCUGCAAUUCAUUGUCUCGACGUGCUGGAAAGCGCUGUUUGGCAAGGCUGCUGAUGCAUUGGAGCGCAGUACGGAGAAUGUGAACGAGUACAUGAUCCAUGAGCUGGAGCCACUUACGAACAAAUUUGUGUCGGUGCCGUCUGAUCUAGGACAGCUCGACUGUGCCGCGUACAUCGCGGGUAUUGUGCGUGGUAUUCUAUGCAGCAGUGGCUUUCUGGCGGAUGUAUCGGCACACACAGUCGAAGUUUCUGGUGGGCAACGAAACAAGACAGUCUUUUUGGUCAAAUUUGAUGAAAGUGUGAUUCGUCGCGAGCUUGUUUUGACAUGA